AUGCACAUCCAUCCUUGGACAUGUGCGUUAAUCGCCCUUUUUGGAGUCGUUGCCAGCCAGCUCGAACGUCGAGAUGACCAUGUUUGCGAAGUUGUCGUGACAGUGAGCUAUGGCGCUCCUGUCUGGUUUCCUACUGCUGCAUCACUUGAUGAUCCCGUACCCUGGUCGGAAUGGCCUACUCAUAUACCUUCUUUGUCAACCACAUCAGCUUCUACCUGGGGUGGGCGGAGAGGAAACUCCGGGUUUGUCCCAAGCCGAAUAGGUUCCGAUGAUGAGGCUUGGUCCAGCGGGAAUCGGCAGACUUCGACGACUUCCAUCUCAUCAAUUGCAACUCAUCAGCAGCUAUGGUUGGACUGGGACUAUAGCACAAAGAUCGGCGAUAUUACAGCUAGUCCUUUGCCAACAGGAGGAGAAUGGCAGUCGCAGACACAGAGCUGGAGCACUCCCCGGCGUCCGAGCAGGACUCAGGAUGCGUGGCACACCGGUGGCUCCUCACAUUCUUCAUUUGCGCAUCCUCGUUCAACUUCUUCCCAUUUACAGCUCGACACGAGCGCCAUCUCCUCAACUAGCGGCGCUGGCAAAAGCACAACCUCCGCCACGACAUCGAGUUCCGUGGGAAGUUGGACGACACGUGUUGGUACUAUCAAGCAAUGGGGUGAAAAUAGCACAUCUUCCAGUAGUAGCGCCACCAUCACCUCCACUUCCUCCUCCGCCUCCUCGUCGUCGUCGACAAUCAUCACUACCACCUCAGACACCACGGUGACAACCUCAACGGCGGCAACUUCCAGUCCUACAGCUACAUCUACUACUAUUACUAUAGCCUCCACCACGACAAGUGCCACAACCACACCAGACACCACGGCGACAACUUCCAGUCCUACUACAACUACAACCUCUACCACGACAAGUGCUGCAACCACGACAACCACUUCAGAUACCACGGCGACAACUUCCAGUCCUACUACAACUACAACCUCUAGCACGACUAGUGCCACAACCAUGACAACUUCCACUCCUUCUACAACCACAACCUCUACCACGACAAUCAAUACAACUACUACAACUACUACAACUACCACUACAAGUGCCACAACCACGGCAACCACAACCUCUACUACGACAAGUGCCACGACCACGACAACUACUACCACUACUACUACCACUACUACUACCACUACUACUACCACUACUACUACUACGACAAGUGCCACAACCACGACAACCACAAAUCCACCCACGCCGUCAACGUGUGCCUUUGAAGGUUUUAACAAUGGUGCGUCGCUUGUCGGCUACUAUAGCUCUGCCACGGAGAUCGACUACGCGACAUGUCGACAAUACUGCAUAGACCAAAACGUCGGCACCCUUUCUGUUGGGUACGGUAUUGACUUUGGGACCACUUACGCAUGUGCCUGUUAUAAUGAACCAGUCGCAGACUAUGCAAGUCCGAGUGAUACUGACUUCUUUUUCUCGGAUAUUACUUGUUCCGCCGGUGUCGAGCCGACGACGUCGGCGCCUUGAGGGAUAUAGAAGAGGUUGGGGUUGUUCCUCAUAUUCAAAGUGCGGGGGGCGGGGGCGUUAGAUAUUGCAGCCCAGGGCGUCGCGGUGAUUUCUUUCAGCUCGCCGACAACUACAUAUCCUUUCUUGAUUUCUGGGGCUUCUUAUGAGGCUCGCAUCCAGAUUGAGCCGACCCAGAUCAAGCGGCACUGGUGAGGUCCCGAUGUGGACCUGGUGGUCAGUCAUGUUUUCCGACCACAGUGAGCGAGGGAGCGAGUGAGGGAGUGACUAUCAUGUACCCUGACCUCUCCUGAUUGGUAUAUGUAGGCUGCCACUUCUAGAGCUAAUCCUCGUGUCAGGCCAUGCCAAGCGGCCCACCACAGAAUUCACUUCGGUCGCGCCCUAAAGCGGACUGAUAAGUAUGUAGAGAG